UGAAAAUCGUAUCUGAUAAGAAAUUACAUAAAAUGUCAUUUGAAUGUUGCUGCUCAAAAAUGCUUUAUAUUGAAUUGAAAAAAUCAUUAAAAACUAAAAAAAUCUAACUGAAUUGUUAAUAAUGGUAUCUGGAAUUGUAUCUGGCAGGUUAGCCCUAGUUACAGGUGCAGGGUCCGGUAUAGGCAGAGCCGCCUGUCAAGUUCUUUCUCGUGAAGGAGCUACUGUUAUAGCUGCGGAUAAGAACUAUGAAGCCGCAUUGGAAACUAUAAAGAAACAUAGUGCCUUAGCUUCAGGAUCAAAUGCAGUGGGUGAUCAUAGUGCCGUAGAAUUGGAUGUCUCAAGUUCAAAAUCAAUAUCUGAACUUCUUAGCAAACUGCAACGACAAUAUAAAGCUCCUCCAACUAUUAUAAUUAACUCAGCAGGCAUAUCAAGAGAUAAUUGGAUGCUGAAAUUAUCUGAAGAUGACUUUGAUAGAGUACUAGAUGUUAAUUUAAAGGGCACAUUCCUCAUUAUGCAAACAUUUGCUAAAGCACUGACGGAGGCUUCUCUACCUGGAUCUAUUGUAAAUAUUUCUAGUAUUGUUGCUAAAUAUGGAAAUAUAGGAACAAGUAACUAUACAGCUAGCAAAGCAGGUGUUAUUGGAAUGACUAAAUCUGCUGCUAAAGAGUUAGGAAAAUUUAAUAUAAGAGUAAAUGCAAUUUUACCUGGUUAUAUAGACACACCAAUGGCUGCUACAAUUCCAGACAAAGUUAUGAAGAAUUUUCUCAAAAGGACACCAUUAGGAAGAUUAGGAGACCCUAUUGAAAUAGCAGAAGUAAUAACGUUCCUUUCCUCCGAUAAGAGUUCGUUUGUCACAGGCGCAACUGUCGACGUUACCGGAGGAUUUUAGCCUUCAUUUUUAAUUAUAAAUAUUUUUUAAUAUUCUUCCUAAGUAAAGAAAUAAAUAAAUUGUAUGGUUAGGUUUAAAUUUUUAUAUGUUUGUAUACAUUGGGUUAACUUGGUGCUUAAUUAUAAUGAACUAGUCCUAAGAGUACAGUGGAACAUUUACAAUGAAACCUGUGAUAUAUAAAAAACUGCUAACAUAGAAAUAUGUUCACUUUAGAUCUAUGUUAAUACAAGAUAGUACAAUUGUGAGAAUCAAAUUUCAAAACCUAUUGUUUU